AUGUUCUCAAUGAUGUCAAAAUUGUUUCAAUAGUCUUACAUGUUUAGCACAGCUUAGACAUACCUUGAAAGAGUGGUAAGUAAUAUAUAUAUUACUCAGGUACCCAAAUAUUAAUUAUUUAAAAUAAGUGAUAAUAAUUUCUCCAUUUCAAAAACCUUAAGGAUAAUCUCGAGAAUAUAAAAUUUAUGCCCGAAAGAAUCUUUACAAGUUCUAUUAGUAAAAUAAGUGGAUAUGAGAAUUAUUAUUAACGUUACCUAACAAAUAUAACCUAUAUCACCAAAAAAGUUGGAAACUAGGAUUGUAAACUUUUUUUCGAAAUUGUAGUAGUACACUAAGCGUUUAUUCUUGAUACAAUAAAUGGUGGCACUUCUUUACAAUAUCUAUGAGGUUUCUAUAUGGUUAAUUCUAAUUCAUGCUAGCCAUGCAAUUAGAUCUGCAAUAAGAUUAGAUUGCUGAGCAAAAUAUUAGUCUUUAUUAACAUUUGCUUUUCUGUAGUUAUCCAUGAUAUCAAUUAAGACAGUUUCAUAUACUCACCGAGAAAACUGGAAGAAGAUGGAAAACAAAACUACGAGCUAUUAAAAGAAAUCCAGGCACUACUAGAACUCAAAGAAGAAAGUAUCCUUGAGAAUAAGUAUUUUGUCUUAAUGAAAGAAACCAAUCGUCACUAAGUAUUAUUUUGA